AUACAACAAGCAGAAUGACAAUAUUAGGUCAGUGCCUCUGCACUCCCAACAAUGUAUCCCUUACAGGAGAGGGGAGAGCUCGCGCUUCAAGCUAAGUCCCUCUGGAGACUCUUCAAAACACAGUUACCAUGGACACAAACUUGACCGGGAAAGGACCGCGCGUGAUUGACUGCCAGCCAUCCGAUCCUGUGAAAGACAUUGACGACCAAUAGGAAGCGGAGUGCUGCUUGUUUCCGUGGGAGGCCCCGGGAGGCGAUGCCAAGCCGCUAGAAAGCAACACAGUGAGCGGGGAGAAGCGCAGGCAGCACCCGGGACUGUGGAGAUCCUGCAGCCGCUCCGUGGCAAUCUGCGCGCGGAUGAAAGCGAGGUCACUUGGGUGAGCGGCUCUGACAGACUCUGGGGACUUUGCAGAUCUCUCGUCAAUUAAAGCCACAGCGGUGCAGAAUGGAUAGAGUUCACGACCAGCAAGUGCCUUACUGUAACUCCAAAGGACCAGGAUUUAGGUUUCAUCUUAUAAUCAAAGAUAAACAGCUAAACAAGCAGCCGCAAGAAAAGACAACGAGCUGCGAGAGGCCAGCAAAUGACAGAAAGAGAAAAUUCAUUAAGUCCGACCUGGCUCUGGACACUGAAGGGCUCUUCCAGGACCUCAGUCAGCUGCAGGAGACUUGGCUGGCAGAAGCUCAAGUUCCCGACAAUGACGAGCAGUUCGUUCCAGACUUCCAGACUGAAAACUUGGCUUUCCACGGACUGCAGCUGAAGAUCAAGAGGGAGCUGCACAGCCCGUGUUCAGAGCUGAGCUCCAACUGUAGUCAGGAACGGCCCUUCAAACUCCGUUAUGGAGAGAAGUGCCCUUACAACGUCAGUGCCUAUGAGCAGAAGCAGCCUGCAGGAAUGAAGCCCUCCAGCCCAGUGACGCCCCCCUGUAGCACCCCUGUGUCCCCCCUCCAUCAUGCCUCACCCACGGCAGCCCCGACACCCAAACCAGACAGGACCUACGCCCACAUGCCGGCCUCGCAGCCGCUCCCUGACAACGCCUACUCCAUGGACCACAGAUUUCGACGUCAGCUCUCAGAGCCGUGCCACUCGUUCCCCUCCCCUCCGACCAUGGCUCGGGACAGCCGGCCCAUCUACCACAGGCAGAUGUCAGAGCCCAACAUCCCCUUCCCUCCUCAAGGCUUCAAGCAGGAGUAUCCCGACCCCCUGUUCGAACACCCGGCCAUGAUGGGGGCGCCGCUACCCCACACGUACCCCGCCGGCAUGAUGAUCAAACAGGAGCCGAGGGACUUCACCUACGACUCAGCAGAAGUGCCUAGCUGCCAUUCUGUCUACUUACGGCAAGACGGCUAUCUGGCUCACGCUAACAGGACUGAAGGUUGUAUGUUUGACAAAGUGGCGAGGCAUUUCUACGAUGAUACCUGCGUGGUGCCUGAAAAGGUUGAAGGUGACAUCAAGCAGGAGUCGGGCCUGUACCGCGAGGGCCCUUCGUAUCAGCGCAGAGGCUCGCUGCAGCUCUGGCAGUUCCUGGUGGCUCUGCUGGACGACCCGUCCAACUCCCACUUCAUCGCCUGGACCGGCCGGGGCAUGGAGUUCAAACUCAUCGAGCCAGAGGAGGUGGCACGUCGGUGGGGGAUACAGAAGAAUCGACCAGCGAUGAAUUAUGACAAGCUCAGCCGAUCGUUGCGCUACUACUACGAGAAGGGAAUCAUGCAAAAGGUGGCCGGCGAGAGAUACGUCUACAAGUUUGUGUGUGACCCCGAGGCCUUGUUCUCCAUGGCGUUUCCCGACAAUCAGCGGCCGGUGCUGAAGACGGACAUGGAGCGGCAGAUCAACGAGGAGGACACGGUGCCGCUGUCGCACUUUGACGAAAACAUGGCCUACGUACAGGAGGGGCCCUACUGCCCGCCGCACCCCUACAGCGAGGGCUAUGUUUAUUAACGUCAGCCCACUCAAACACACACACACACACACACACCCCUCCACUCUACCCUCUCCCGCCUCCUCCAUCCACACACCUGAGACUGUCAUGUCCUCUAAUUCACAGCCGCUCCGGGAAUAAGACUUAACACACACAUGCAGCGGAGCUUUCCUUCUCUCUCUCACAAAACACACACAUAUCUUUUUUUUUUUUUUCUCUUUCUGACGUUCAAGCCGCACAGCGGGAUGGAGAGUGCACUUUAUGGACAGGAAGUGCGGUGUUAACCUGCCAGGGGCUAGCUAUGGGGUUGGCUUUUUACCGUUGUUUAUGUUUGUACAUUAAUGUGAGAAUCAUUGUUUUUUUUUUAUUGUCAUGAUUUUGAGCAUGUGGCGCCCUGGUGAGACAGGACUCAGCGGCUAACUCAUGGUCACCCAAGGACCGAAACUCGUCUACACACGUGCAGCGAAAUCAAAGGAUAAUCGCUUCUAUUUCGACUUGUUUGUCCCUCAAAACUGCCAUUCUGUACUUUCACGCUCAUUUAAAGUGAAUAUUGGCAACGUAUUGUUACAAUGCUUUUUAUGGUGAAGUGACAUGAUUAUAGACUUGGAAAGACUAAUGUGAUAAUAAAAGAGACAUUUAGCGACCAUCAGUGAGAACUGCCUCGCUGUCACUUUGAUCACAACAGCUCUUGUGUGUCAAUGAUCUCUGCCCCUCGUCCAAUCAGACUGUAGAUCUCAUCAUGUAGCUGUUUUUGCUGUAAUGACAUAAACCCCUGGAUCAUUCUCUCAAUGGCUGAAAGACCUUGUGGGUUAGUGAAGAAAAGACAGGGAUGCACCUCGAGUUGUGCAGAUGAAACUACGACCUCUAGGAUACUCAAAGCUGCGGGCCGCUGUAAAAUAACUCAUCCACUGUAAACAUCAGUUUUCCUUUGUAUUCUGAAACGCAUCAAAGCAACAUUUGUUUUUCAAUGAAUAACGGGUGAAAGUGUAUGAACGGUUAAAGUGGACACAGCAACCAACCAAUCAACACAUUCAGAAUAGUAUUUGCAUCCCCAAAAAUGAAAAUAAAGACACGUGUUAUUGGCUUGACCAAUAAAAA